AUGGCCGAUGGGGAACGAUGGGAAGUAAUCAGUAAACGAAAUAUAAAUUAGCGAAGAAAAUAUUGAUGUGAAGAGAAAUGUUUUCCUCUAAUAAUUCUGUGUUUAUUUCCUAUACUGUUUUAAAAUGAAAACAAAUUAGUGAAGCAACGCUAUCAACAUGGAAAACUUUACCGGGUCAUUCGAUCCGGUAGCAGAAAGAUGGAAUGCAACUAUAGAUUUCGGCAAGAUUACCAUGGACAGGAACUUUGCCCUUUUGAUUGUAUCCCUAAUAUCAAGUGUACUAUGGGUAGUUUAUAUAACUUACUACAACAGCCGAGUUCUGGGAUUCAUAUUAACGAGGUUGAUCAAUAGAUUUUACUUUCAAGACGAAAAUUUCAAAAUUGGUUCUUUUACUCUUAAUGCUCUCUCUGGUAAAAUAAUGUUUCGGGAUAUUGUUUACAUUAAUUACGACUACACUCUGAGAAUUCAAGAUGGUUACCUAAUAUUUAGGUGGUGGCGUUCAUAUGUACCUAAAGAUGUUUCUGAAGAUUUGUCACAUUCUGAUACUCGCCUAUCGAUAAUGUUAAAUGGUUUCGAAUUACACUUCUACAAUAGAUGCGAAUUAUAUCACGAACUCGAGAAAAUUUUCGGUUUAGAUCCCGUUAUUAAACAACCACAUGGCGAUGACUCAACUGAUCAAGACAAAGCCAUGAAUGAUGCAAACGAAAAGAAAAGACGCGCCCAAGAUACCGUUAGAUCUGAAGCUGCAAUGGCUAGAACUUGGCGAGAUCUCAUCCCAGUUAUUAAGAUCGAUGUAUGUACAGGUCGAGUGGUUUUCGGAAAUCGCUUAGUCCCAACAACAUUGUCUAUCAGUGUGGAAGAAGCUCAUUUAAUGUAUAGUACUAAACCACCUGCAUCCAGUUUAGACCAUCUCAUGCACUUUGUAAAAGCUAAAGCCGAAAAUUGCAAAGUUAUCCUAGCCCCUAGUCCAAAUUACACAGCAAUGGUUGAUGAACCCCCUCGGUAUAUGGGAGAAGGCUUUGUUGUGAUGAGCUCAAACUACAUCGAAGUCUAUUUCUAUAUGGAUGAACCAGGUCUAGUUCCUGAAGAACCAGUUUUGCUUCAAUUAGCUAAUGGUGAUAUUGUGGAGUCUGCUCCGCCGAUAUGGGGUGUUGAUAUCAAAUGCGGUAAAGGAACCGAUUUUAGCUACGGCCCAUGGGCUGAUCGGCAGAGGGACCAUCUAUUCAAAUUCUUUUUCCCACCGAAUUAUAAAAGUUUAGAAGUCACUCCCCAGCCAAAACCCGGCGAUAGAAGACAAAUGCAGUCUUUCGAUAUUCGCCUAUCAACACUCAACGAAGCCACUAUCGAUAUUUUGUUUACCAAAAAUAAAGAAACAAAUGCAGUACAUAUCAAUGUUGGUGCGGGAUCAUACUUAGAAGUGACGUUGCCGUGGAUUGUUCUUCAAGAUGGCUAUACAACGAAAAUAACGGGUCAAUUGCUACACUUGGAAGCAACAACGAGUCUUCAAUAUAGAAGUUUAGCCGAGAGUGAAACUCUGGAAUAUACUGUGAAAUGUCACUACCCUCUGAUUUGGAAUCACCACCAGUGUUGGCAACUUUCCCUUACUGGGUGCAAAGCAACUGCCCAUUUUGUGUACACACACAUAGAUUUUUUCCAGGAUCUGACCAACGACUGGGCAAGUAAGGCGCGCCCAGAUAUUCUGCACUUUGUGCCAUACACAUGGAAGAUAUCAUUGCUGCUCAAAGAAUGUGAAGUUGUUACAGUUAGUAAUCAGUACAACUGGAUUGACUGCAGCUCAACGAAUCAAGAAAAUAAUCACGUCGCUUUUUGUGGAGAUCUCUUAGAUGUCUCUUUCGAUUUGCCAUUUGUUGAUUUCCUACCUGACGUAAUUCCGCUAAAGAUCUGGGUACAAGGAGAAGCAGUAGAUAUGAGUUUAUACUUGCCUGAAGUCAACACCUCAAGGUUAUUGCUUUUAUCGAUUGACAAGAAUAUGAAAUUGGUGCCGAGCAGAUUGAGGGCAUCCAAAUGGCGAAGAAAAUGUGUAAAAUCACAAGGAUGGGUCGACUGUUGGUCUGUUCCGAUAGUUGCUUUGAGUGUUCGGUACAAUUACCACCCUAUCCCACCACUUGGCCCGGAGCCUCAAGCGGACAUAACAACACCUGAGAAAGAAGAAAUUUUACUGUCUCCCAUGAGAAUACCUAGAAUGCGAAAACAACCGCAACUGAAUUGGGCCGUGGAUGGCAACAACUUCGACAGAACAACACUUCCGCCCGACAAAGUGAGUGUGGAGCUCGAAGUGGGUCCAUCAGUUCUGCUGGCGUAUGGAACCAUCAUCACAAGUUUUAUGAAUUUGUUGGAGAAUAUUUUUGGUGAAGAUCAAACAUUUACAGAUAUGCAAAAAGCGCCCACAACUGGAACGUAUUAUUGGGCCAGUGAAAAUACCACAAAACUAAACGACAGAAGCAGUAUUAAUCAACAUUCUGAGAUAUCAAUGGAUGAUUCGACCGAUUCAAGUAAAGGUCCUUUUGACCCGCGUAAGUGUAGACCGCUAGACGUAAGCGUUUCUAUCAUAAUCCAUGACAUUCAAGCUCAUUUGGUAAAAAAUUGUAGUGAAAACGAACCCACCUGCCCAGUAAUUUUAAUCGAAAGGUUUGGUUUUGAAAUGGAUAAAAGAUUUAGAGAGACAAAACUUCAGCUUCUGUUGAGUCCUUCGAUACUCAUAUCGGCAAAUAAUAUGUCACGACCCGUGGUCAACGGUAGCACAAAUUCUAGUGCGCUUCAACAAGGGCAUUUAAUGCUUUCGUCGUUUCAAUUAAGAGGCAAUGGAUUUUUCAGUGACACAAACCGCUCCGUAGAAGAGGAAACCGUCGAAUAUGCUUGGAUGAUGGAGCUGCAAUUAGGCCAAUUGACUGGACGAAUGACUCUACCUCAGUUAUACCAAGUCGUGUCGUCGCUAGAGACAUUCCUGUUACUAAUUUGCGACAAUGAGAAUGAAUUAAUUCCACCGAAUUCCGUUAAACAAUGCCACCAUGGCUUAAACAAGGUUUUAUGCCCAGAAACAGAUAUUACAUUAAAGUAUAGGUGUCCCACGGCAAACGAGAUAAAAUAUCGAAUGAUACGAGUAGCCAUCGACCUCGUUGAUUUGUACAUCGCAGAUUCCAAUACUACUCUACAGUCUUGGAUAUCUCCCAUAAGACUCUCAUUUUGCAAUCUACACGGAUCUGGCUGCGGUACUGGGAUUACCGGUCUGCUGCCUAACAUUAAACUUGCUCUUUUUACCCAAACAAAUAUGCAAACAAAUAGCUACCAUAAUUCAAAUGGUAGUGGAACUAGUAACAAUGUACCGCCACAGAGUAAAUUACCAGAAAGUGAAAAUUGGGUGGGCGUUGGUUCUGUUGCAUUGGGUCCCGUAUUGAUUGAAGCUGCGUCAUCGCUACCACAGAGUCCCAAAAAUGUUCAUCUCGUACAACAGAAAUUCUUGAAGACUCAUGAUGAUAAAUUCAAAAGAUUAUGGUUCCUCUGGCCGAAUGAAGGCAAGGGUUCUCAGUGCGGCUGUAAUGGUGGGUGUGCCUUUUUCGGUUCAAAUAGAAAUGGUGCAAAUUUUUUCAAACCGUGUCCCGCCGAUUUACAAGAGGGUGUCAAUAUAGCCAUGUUCAAUGUUAUAGAAACAUCACCCGGAGAAUAUGGUUAUGGACAAAGCUUGUUACAUCCUGGCCAACUGGUGUUCCACACGCCACCUUACAACAGCUUAAAUGUUUGCUUGCAACCUACUAACGUCUCAACACUCAUUCCUUCGCCAUUGCCCCAAAAUCUGAACAAAUCACCGCAAACAACGGACAGAAGAAGUUUGACUAGGCGUUUUUCCUACACAAGUGUGAAUAAAGCAAGCAAUAACAUCUUGGUAUCGAGCACAAAAAGUGACGUUCCAUAUGCACGUUUGGUAGACUCCACAGCCCCUUUGGGCAGUUCGAAAAUUGAUAGUGAUUCAAAACUGAACAAAACAGUUUUAAAUGUUCCUCAAAUGGAGAGUAGCGUUUCAGAUUCGAAACUAGCUUUAAGCUGUGGGAUUGUAAAGGACAGUCCGAAUAUUACAGGAAGAAGACAUAUCCAAUCAGACAAUGAACCAUUUGCGGUACCGAAAGUACCUCCAAGAAGUGUGGCCGUCUCGGAUUCUCACUAUUCAUUGAAUUCACAACAUCCGCACGAAGAAAUAACACCACAACAAGUUCAAAGAACUAUGUCCAUAACAAGCGAAAAUCAUUCAGAAGCAUUCUUCUCUGCCGACGAGGACAUGUUUCCUAGUCGCUCAUCUAGCUUGAAACAUUCCUUCGGCAGUCGCCAUAGUAAUCCGAGAGAGAAACACUCAUAUGCCAUUAAUGAUAUUAGUAGUGAAAAGUGGACAGGAUCCAUACCGAGGUCAGAAGUUAGGGAUGGUCCUGAUAAUAUAAGCAAUAUAAGUGGCGUACAACCAGAUUCGGAGAGCGGUUCUGUGUCUUCAACUUCAUUUAUAUCGGCAAUUUCCUCUCAAGAAGAUAUGACUUUAGUCAAUUUGCAUAUGCAGACGAAUAAACCCAUAGUAGACUCUCCUCUACUUAUGUCAAGCUACAUGCAUAAUUUACCCCAGUAUAAAUGCGCAAAUUGGUCUACAUGCUCCUUACCCUCUGGUAAUGAUUUAUUCACGCUACCACUUUUUAGAAGAGCAGAGGAUGGGACACUAGUUUACGUGGGACAGAAGUAUCUUCCGAACUUCGAGGCGUUUGGCAAAGUAAACGUUUUAAAACUAAUCUCGAAAAGUGCACAAAACAAUCAAAAUUUACAUGGCCCAUAUGCAAAUUUACCACCUCACUUUAAUUCCCAAAUCAAAACUCAUCCAUACCCACAAGCUUGGUGGGAUUUACAACAAAAUCUACAAGAUAAUCAAGAGAACAAUACUGAUAAAAGCACAACAUCCACAUUAACCACCACAAGUGAUAGCAAAAAUGGCUUAUUCAUAAGGCUUCGUGGUGAAAUUGAUAUAAUGCUAACUCCUCUUGUAUUAGAAAGCACUCAGAAAUUCGUUGAAUCAAUUACACCCGUAUUAGCCAAUGUACAUCCAAUCACUGUUAUCAAUCAUUUGAGGCUCCUAUGCAUUUCCUCUGUAGAAUCAUCCAAUGUUUUGAAGCAAAAGCAACAUGUAUUAAAUUGGUUGCCGCAAAUGCAAGCUCGGAAUGAAUCAAGUAUCAUUAUAGAUAAAGACGAUAAAUGCAAACUGGCUACUAUUCCUCAAUCGAACAUUUAUGAAGAGACCAUAUACACACAAAUUCAAGCUACAAUGACUGUACCUAAAGUAAAUAUUAUUCUCAUACAGUCGUCCGUUGUUGAGGAUAUGAUAUCUUUUUCUGCUUUGGACAACAUACAAGAUCUUACAUGCGUCUCAUUGUUUGGAGUAUCAAUGGAAAAUAUUGUGGCCAAAUACGUCAGCUCGAGAAAGACGUUAGAAUCAAUACAGUUGUAUUACAGACCUACAUUGCGAACUCUUGGAAGUAAGAAAUCUUUUGGCAUAAUGAAAGGACCGAGAGCAUUAAUAUCUCAAGCUUCAGGGCGUAAACGAGGACCAGAAAAGGGAGAACCCGUGUUUAUUGAAAGUUCACAACAACAGUGUGAAGACACCAAUGUUACAUUGACCGUCGGUAAAGUACAUGGCCAGCUGCGACGAAUUCGUAACGAAUCAUCUCAAUUGAAAGAUGCUACAAUAACGGGUAUUCCAUCUCAACAUUCUAAAGUCGCCUUUAAAUUCGUUAGAAUUGAUUCUAAUGCCAGAGGAAGUGAAUCAGUGAAUGGUGCUGCAGAGGGUCAAAAAGAGAAUUCAAUUGGCUACGUCAUGUUCGAAUGUGGCCUCGAAGGUGUGUCAGUGAAGGUGUCCAACCAUUCGACUUCGCACAAACCAAACGAGGAGAAGAAACCCGUUAUUGCUGACAACGAAAGCUGCCGGGAGUCGGUAAAAUCAGCAGAGGAGUUGAAGCCAGAGAAAGAGAAGAAAGGCAUUCGAACUUCCGGUUUCGAAGAUCUGUUCAAGAAACGGGAGUCGAGUUCUAAACCGAGUACACCGAAUUUGAGCAGUUCUCAACCUCCGCCUGUCCCUCCCCCACCAGAACCGAGCACUCCAGGGCCUGAAGAGCCUUCAAAUGACAGUUGCACCACCAUAGUACCCGCUAAGGACAACGGGAACACGACGUCAUGCUCGAUAGAUCUGAAAGUUGUCUGGUUUAACUUCGCUGCACCGCCUCGCACGCCGAUUACUAAAAAGAUUGAUUAUACCCGGCUGGACUGGAACCUGUUGAGCACGGCGUCGCCGGCCAUCAACGCGUGGAUGAACCCGUGCAACCGGCUCGGCAUCCGCGUGGUGGGCAUGUACCGCGCGCGCGCGCGCCGCCUCGCCGCCACCGCCGCCAGCCUCAUGGCGUCCGCGCUGGACCGCGCGCCGCACCACACUUUGCCCAAGAGUCGCUACGGUCGUCACACACCCAUGGCGAAGCAGCUACGCGAAGAGCCAUCGCUGCAGCUGUGUGCUGUACUGCUAAGAUACGCGUUGCAAGCGGACGCGGCCGCGGUGCAAGCCGACCUGGCCGAGAGACAUCUGCCCUCGUUGUCGACCUUGCGACAGGGUGUGAUCGUUCUAACGAGGCAAUGGAAGAACAUCCUGUACACGCCGCUGCUGCUGGAGCACAGCUACAAGAGCAAAGUGAUGAAACCGGUGGCUGUUACAUUCGCCUUGCCGGAUCUAAUUGAGGAUUCAGUAGAGGGAUGGCAGGAGUAUCAAUUCGAUAAUGAAGGACUCGACGAAAACUGUCUUCUGUUAAAUAUGGAACCCGAUAAGUUAGCUACUACAUUGCCAGCGGCUGUGCGGUCGGCUUGUCGCCCGCACUCCUACCCCUCCACGCCGCCCUCCGUCCGCGCGGCGCAAAGCAGUCGUGCGAGCCUCGUAUUCCCGUCGUUGCCUUUCUCCACGAGGAAGACGCCAUUCCAAGAUGAUGCGAUUGCUAAUUAUGGGACGUUGAAAGAGGAUCUGCCAACUGUAGGUUCGAACCCAUCCCUGUACUCUCAAGGCAGUCAGGAUAACAUAACAGCUGACCGCGCAAGAGAGGAUCUGUAUCAGUGGAUGGCGAAACAGGAACCUAUUAAAGUUGAGCCAAAGAGUAAGAAGCCAAUGAUCCCAGCAUCCAAAAUGAACCCACGUGUGGUGGCGCAGUCUUUGCCGGCCUGCAGCCUGUAUCCCCUGCAAGGGUCUCUCAUGUUGCUCGACGCACACCUGGUGUUUCAACCGUUCCUUGCCGCUUUGGGGGUGUCGCCCCACCAGGUCGCUCAGGGAAAGGGCGAGGCCAAAGACAGCGGCGGCGGCAGCGGCGGCAACGCGGGGCUCGAGGCGCUCGGCUGCUCCGUGUCGCUGGCGGGCUGGCUCGACGCGCUGCGCGUGCACAUCGUCGUCAGCGAGCUCGGCCGCCACGCUAAGGGGAAGGGGAAAGCACCGCAAAGCCAACCGGACAUGGCGGCUGAGAGCCCCGCGUUCCUCUGCGAGAAGAUAUCCAUCGAUGUGCUCGUGAAGAAAGUGGCCGACAUGGCCGUGGACGAGCUAGUGCAGAAGCAGAACGUCGUUUAUAUCUCCCGGGGACAGCUGAAGAAACAUAUAAGCACCAUGAUCAACUGUAAUCUGAGCAUACGGUUUAUUUCGCAACAGGUGAACAUGCCGCUGCUGCGGCUGCUGCACCAGAUCAGCAACAUGUACCAGAACGUGAAGGACACGCACAGCGAGCUGCGCGCGCGCACGGCCCGCCCGCGCCCGCGCGCGCGCUCACACUCGCACUCGCACCGCGUCUCGGUUUCAGAGUACCGCGAGAACCUCGUAAGCGUGACUUCAUUAGACAAGGACAGCCAGUACGCGGGGCUGGGCUCCAAAUGGGACCUGCCCGCCACGCCUGGGCCUGAAACUAGCUCGGAGAAGGACAUGAGCCCUCCGCCGAGGCCGCGCCCGCAGUCCUUCGCGCAGAAAUUGCGCUCCACUGGCAAGAGCGUUAAGGGUAAACUUGGCUACAGCUCGUUGAACGAGGGCGCGCACACGCCGCUGUACGGCGCGCGGGUGGGCGGCGUGGAGGCGGGCGCCGCCCUGCCCCCGUCCCCCGCCCCCCCCGCCCCCGGCGGCCCCGCGCCCCCCAGCCCCGCGCCCCCCGGCCCCGCGCACCAGCUGGCGCCGCGCUGCUGGCGCACGCUGUACCUGCUGCUCGACCUGUAUGCGAACAUGCCCGAUGCGGACACCAUCACGCACAGAUUCUCUGUAUCCACGGAACUACCGGAAGCGUAUCGUACCAAAAGCGCUCGACCGAGUUCCCGCGAACAAAACAACAGCAAUUCAUCGUCCACGGCCACCGGGACUGGCAUUGUCGUCGUCGGCGCUGCUAAGAUCCACCGCACGCGGCUGCUGGCGUCGCUGUCGGGGCUGAAGCUGGAGGCGGAGAUCACGUCGCUGCAGGGCUCGCUGUCCGCGUCGCGCGCGCGCCAGUGGGCGCUGGGCGGCAACCUGGCGCGCACCGCCAUCGUGCUGCUCGAGGGCGCCGCGCCCAACCACCAGACGGUGGUGCGCGUGAGCGUGGGCAAGUCGCAGGCGCUGUACUCGUGGGAGGGCGGGCGGCUGGGCGCCACGGCGCUGGCGUCGGUGGGCGGCGUGCGCGUGGACCUGCCGCAGCACCCCGUCGCGCUGCACGGCGUCAUGACGCGCUCCAGCCGCCAGCUCUCCUCCACGCUGCAGGAGCUGGGCGUGACGCGCACGGCGUCGCGGCUGUCGCGCGGCGCGGGCGGCGGCGCGGACGGGUCGGAGGAGGAGGGGGGCAGCCCGCCCGCCGCGCCGCCGCCCCCGCGCCGCGCCCCGCCCGCGCCCGACGCGCUGCUGCAGCCGCUGCACCUGCAGUUCUCGCUCGUGCUGCAGAGCCUGAGCAUAACGGCGGCGCUGCUGCCGUCGCUGCAGGCGCAGUACAAGAUGGAGCGCGUGCACAGCUCGGGCGUGACGGCCGGCAAGGCGCACUUCACCGUCGAGCUGCCGCACCACUCGCUCAGCUUCGUUACCAAGCUGCAGGUGACGGAAGCGAACAUCCCGGCGGCGGCGUCGGUGUCGCUGCCGGCGGUGUCGUGCCGCGCGCGCGUGCUCGACUGCGCGCCGGCCGACACGCGCCCGCAGAAACCGCGCGCCGACGCCACCGACGCCUCUGACGCUACCGACGCCACCGACGCUACUGAUGCCCAACCGAGUGCGGAGGGCGCGGUGCUGAUGGCGGGCCGCUACCUGGCGGCCACGGCGGACAUCGGCCUGUUCGAGCACACGCUGUCCACCGACCUGCUCAACCACCUGGUCUUCGUGCAGAAGGUCUUCAUGAAGGAAGUGAACGAAGUAGUACAGAAAGUGUACGGUGGUGAAAAGCCCGUGCCUUUGUGGAAUGAGGAAGAUGCGUCGUCUUCUGCAUUGAGCAGAAUACUGUUCUCCCUAUUAAUUAGAAUCAAACGCAUCCAGCUGACGGCGACGACGCCCAGCAACAGCGCGGUGCGGCUGGAGACGGGCGCCGUGGAGCUGGAGCUGUCCAACCGCGUGCAGAACGUCACGCAGCCCGCGCAGGCGCACGGCCUGCGCCUCUUCGCCCGCGCGCAGGUGGAUAUAAAUCUGAGCCUAGGCCAACUAAUUCGAAACGCCAUGUUUGAAGAGGCCGAGCCGGAGUUCCAACAGUAUGCCUUCUUCAACACAAGAAUAUCGAUGCGCAACGCGUUCCAAGAGGAGAUAGUGUGCGGGGAGGACAAGGAAGUGGUCCUCAUCACGCUGAAGCGGCCGCUGGUGUACAUCCAGCCGGUGGCGGUGGACCGCGCCAUCCUGGUCUGGCUCAACUACAAGAACGCGUACGAGUACUGGAACGAGAAGCGGAUGACGCUCAACCAGGAGGUGCUGGCCGCCACUCAGCAGGUGUUCGAGAAGGUGCAACUGACGUCACAAAUCGGCACGCCGCACCUGAGCACGCUGUUCCUGCAGCUCAACGUGGACGAUAUAGGCAUUUGUUUGCCGCUCAACCAGCCGCCCGUCUCGAAGUGGUGCGGGUGGGGCUGGGGCUGGGGCUGGGGCGGCGAGGGCGCGCUGGGCGAGGGCGAGCGCGGCGCCGUGGUGGUGACGCUGGAGAGCACCAGCAUCUCGGCGGUGAGCUCGGGCGCGCUGGUGAGCAAGGGCCGCUUCGUGGGGCUCUGCCUGCGGUUCGCGCGCGACUUCGAGGCGUCGCUGGACGACUGGAAGCCGGAGCCCAGCGAGGCGUGCGUCAACGUGUGCUGCGUGUCCGAGGGCACCUACGAGGUGUGCAGCCGCACGGCCGCCGCGCGCCGCAGCGAAAACGCAAAAUGGUUCCUGAACGUGUCGUGGCAAAUGGAAGGCGUGGACAUACACUUGGAUACGAAUGUCGGCAAACAGCUCUCCGCUUUGGGACACACUCUCACAAUGUUAACUGGUUUUGAAGAAGAGGAUCCCUUGAAAAUGGAUUAUGAGAGUGAUUUAGAUGAUGAAGCUGAUAACAGCAAAGAUUCUCAAGAGAGCAUAGUGCUCCGGCGCAAGUACACGGACCACCUGCCGGCGUUCGUGUUCGACACGUCGCUGGACGCCAAGAAGCGGUCGAAGCUGAUCGAGAAGGAGAUGACGGAGCAGGCGAAGAUCAUCAGCGACCUGCGCGCGCUCGGCGCCAGCCACAGCACCGUGGAGUACGAGCUGCGCCGCCUGCAGGACCUCGAGGCGCUCGUCUUCAAGGACUUCCGCAGGGACAUGCUGCAGAAGCUGCGGCGGCAGAGCGUGCGCGCCAGCUCCAUCACCAAGGGCAAGCUCGGGCUGGGCUCCAGCCGCCCGCCGCCGCUGCCGCCCGACACGGACAGCAUCGGCGAGCCAGCGUCAGCCGGGCUGAUCCUGCCCUCGGCCAGCACGGUGGGCAGCCUGGCCGGCAUCGGGCUGGGCAUGGGCAGUCUCGCCAGCGCGGGCAGCCUCACCAGCGUGGGCGACUCGGGCGAGACGCUGUUGCUGGCGGAGGACGACACGCGCUUGGCCGAUAUUAUCGAGGGCGCGUCCUGGAGCUCCAUGGACAGCGAAACGCUCACUGGCCCCGGGCCGUCCCGCUGCGGGUCGCUGCGGGGCGCGAGCGGGGCGGGGGCGGGGGCGGGCGGGGCGGCGCGCUCCGUCUCGUUCCAGCCGCGCCAGACCUGGCCCGACUCGCUCGACCUGCCCCGGAAGAACACGGACACCAGUACAACUUCAGAAGGCGCAAGUCAGUCAGAAGGCAAACAAAACAAAGCGAAGACAGCGGAACCAAACAUCGACUUUGAACUGGACGUCAAGGUGCACAUCAACAGUGGCAAGUGCGUCCUGCACACCAAGGAGCCUACGAAGGACGAUGAAUUAAAAAUCGGCAGAUCCCGUGUAGGGCGUUCAGCAUCUGGUGGGCUGUCUGGAGCGGGAGCAAGUGCCGGUUCCGGGCUUGAAAUGGGAGGCACCAGCGUGCCCUCCGCGACACCCUCCGGCCCCGGGCCCCUGGGUGCUGGCGUGCCCCUGGGGGCUAGCGGGAAUCUUGGCCCUGGUGGCCUGGGUGGAUCGCCAAACGCACGUCGCAAACCACGUCUGCCACCACCCCCUGAUGUUACCGUGUUUAGAGUGCCGGGAUUACAGCUAAAGGUACACUACGAAUCAAAAACACUGCCAGAAGAAUCAGCGUCUCCACAGUCAAUACCCAACCUCCCCCCUCCCAACGUGGUGGGAGCGCGAAAGAUGGGCACCAAAAAAGCAGCCCUAUUUGCCUGGAUCACCCUCCAGAGUAUACCGGAGGAAACUAUCAUCAGUCCGCAUAUCCUAGAGUUCUUGGAGCAGACUCUGGAACCUAUUCCGACAAAGGCUUCCUUCUCUAUGCCUACACCAGAAGCGGCACCCGGGCGGCGCGGGUCCGGCUCGGGCGGGUCGGGCGGGUCGGGCGCGGAGGAGGCGGGCGGCUCGUACGGGCAGUACGUGUACGCGUCGUUCCCGGUGGACGUGAUCGUGCACUUCCACACGCGCCCCUCCGCCUUCCGCUUCAGCUGCCUGCCCGCCUCGCGCGUCGAGUGCCUGCUGCAGCUGCCCAGCCUGCAGAUCGUCUUCAGCUCCAAGCGCGCCAGUGACGAAGAAAUGGCGGAAGCAGCUAUCGCAAUGGGCGGGCUAAGCGUCACAGGGUGUCUAGCAGACUUCUCCGUCUACAUCUUCCACCCGUACGGCGGCAAGAAGUCCAGCCUGAAGGAGGCGCAGUGGUCGCCGCUCGCGGACACCGAGCGGAAGGACUCGCUCAGCAUCAACGUGGAGUUCGUCAAGUUCCACCUCUCCAGGUUCAGGAAACUGGACUUUCAGACGGACCAGGAUCAGUCCAAGGCGACUGUUCGGUUCUCAACGAUCGUGGACGUCGGCUCGGCGUCGUUCAAGUACGACAUGCGGCGGCUGGGCGAGAUCCUCGCGUUCCCGCGCGCCUGGUACCGCCGCUCCAUCGUGCGCCGCCUGUUCCUGGGCGACGUCAGCCUGGACCUCGACCAGCCAUCGACCAGCAAUAACACGCCGGUGUCGCCAGUUCUACCACAACGCGAAAAGGCGAAAACACUCGAUCCACAAAAGUCGAAAGAGAGCAAGCAGUGGGGCGCUGCGUGGGAAACCUUGGUGCUGUUCGCCGUCAACUUUACGCGUCUCAACAUUCACAUGAACAUGGGCAACGUUAUGGGGAAUGUCAGCUGGCAGAGCCGGUCGCUGGGCGCGUCGGGGCGGCUGAGCAUCGGCAGCACGCGGCGGCGCCACAUGGUGGUGCGCGUGGCGCUGGGCGGCUCCGCGCUGGACGCGCGCGCCGGCAUCGUGGGCGGCGCCAUCAGCCUCGCGCAGCUGCACGCGCACGUGCACGUGGAGGAGGAGCCGGGCGGGAGCCCCGCGCACGUGUGCGGCGUGCGGCUGGCGGCGCUGGAGCUGCGGCUGGAGUACAUGGGCACGGCCGUGCUGCUGGCGCGCCUGUCCCGCCCGCGCGCCGCGCUGCGCGACCAGUGGCAGGCGCGCCGCCACCGCCCCGCCGCCAGCCGUCCAGCAACAAUCCUCACGCACUGCACGCUAAGCUGGCACCAGCUGCAGAUCCUGAUGAGCCGCAGCACGACGCCGGACCUGCUGAAGAUGCAGCUGAAGCUGGAGGAGUUCUUCACGCAGCAGUUCAAGUCGAGCAAGCGCGUGUUCAGCUCGCUGCACCCCAGCUACGGCACCAUGCGACGGGACAGGAAGGAACCGACAGCGACGGCGGGCGGAAGCCAGCCGCCGAAGCAGGUGUUGCGGCACCACCGCCACUGGCAGAAGGUGCUGCACUUCGUGGCCGGGGUGCCGCUCGCUAGCGACCCGAGUUCGAACCAGCAAGGGUGUGUCCUGGGCGGCAGUAUGGAGCUGCUGGGGUCUAACAUCUCUCUAGCGUGUUUCCAUGGCAACAGCUUGAAGGCCAAGUCGUGGGCGCUGUUCAGUUUGAAGGACGUCUGCAUCAGCUUCGCCACCGAGGCUCAGAAUCUCCACAAUGAAAUUGGUGAAGUGGAGGUGCACGCGGUGCAAACGCUAACCGCGAGCCUCGGGGGCGCGGGCGCGGGCGCGGGCGCGGCGGGGGGCGCGGCGGGGGGCGCCGGCGAGGGCCGCGCGGGCGCCGGGGCGCCGGGCCCCGCGCCCGGGGGCCACCAGUCGCUGGCCACCGUGUGCCGCAUGUCGCGCACCGUGCUCUUCCCGCCGCAGUUCAAGACGCUCCGCGAGUGGUUCCAGUACGCUUUCGCCGAUAGCGAGAUUGACGCAAUCGAAUUGUUCCCGUCGCUGGAGCGAGAGGGCGGCAUAGCGAGUGCGGCGGCGGCGGGCACGGGCAGCGCGAGCGGCGCGGGCAGCGCGGGCGGCGCGGGCAGCGGGUCGGGCAGCGGCAAGUCGGGGCACGUGCGCGAGGUGAUCUUCGCGCUGCCCGCGCUGCAGCUGCACCUGCGCACCAGCCACCGCCAGCCGCAGGAGGUGCCCACUGAGAACGAUCCAAAACCAGUAGUGGAGUGCAGCUUCAUCACAGAGUUCGAGGACCACAUAUUCGUGUCGGUGGACGCGGAGGCGUUCCUCUUCCUGCACGACCUCAUCUCUUCGUACAUCAAAGAGAAGGAGCGGGUGAUGCCGGUGGGCCGCUCGACGGCGGGCGAGGCGAGCGAAGCGGGCGAGGCGGGCGCGGGCGGCGCGGCGCUGGACUACCGCGACUACCACUGCCUCACCUGGCACCUCGAGCCCACCGUGCGGUUGCUGUCGUGGGCGGGCAAGUCGAUCGAGCCGUACGGCGUGGACUACAUCCUGCAGAAGCUGGGCUUCAGCCACGCGCGCACCACCAUCCCCAAGUGGCUGCAGCGCGGCGCGCUCGACCCGCUCGACAAGCUGCUGGCGCUGCUGCUGCUGCGUCUGCUGCGUCUGCUGCACCACAAGUGACCACCUGGCGCUGCUACAGACCGAUCCCAACUGACCACCGAGUCUACAAAAUCCUACCAUAUCGACCGAAUCCAGCUGUAAUGCGGCUUAUACGAAGAAACGUAGGCUAAAUCCAGGAAUUAUUUGACACCGUAUUUAUGAAGCGGACGAAACAGAAAUCGCAAGGAACAAAACACCAUGAAAAUAAAAACAAUCUUCCAAUUAAGAGUAACAAGCAAGGACUCAAAAAACGAAUAUUACUUGGACAUAAUCUGUUCCUGAAACUACGAUUAACUUAUAUAAACCAAUUCGACCAUUAUCCUGGAAGUCUGUCUCUUUGAGAUAAACAUUCUUACGUCAUAUUGAACAGGGACAGGAAGAAACAAAUCUAAAACUUCCGCCUUGUUUGUGACUACUGGAUUUGAAAAUCCUGCAUUUUAUUGGGAUUUACAUUAAGGCACAGAACUUGAUGACGAUUUAUAUUUUAACUUUAGAUGUCCGAAUUCGAGUUGCAUACCAAUAAAACGUCACUAAGAAUGUAUUGGAGUUAAUUUUAAACGACUCGAUAUUUAACCGUGAUCGUAAGCCAUAAAAAACAAAAACUUUUAAUUGGCUGAAAAUUUUGAGAAGA